AGAGUGUAUGCAUAAGAUCUAUUAGAUUGUAUACAGUCAUGAUUGAGUCAUCACUCACUGACGCGUUGGGAUAGCUUAAAUUUUUAAACAGCGCGAAGAAAUAACAGAAUCAACUUUCUUCUUGCAUACGUUCACCUUCUUGACACCCCUCACUACACCUUCAAGAUGGCACCUCAGACCACCUUGGACAUCAGCAAACGAGACCAGACCGUCAACCUGGGCGCCGGUCCUUCAGCUUUGCCGACUGAUGUGCUCUUAGAAGCGGCACAAGGAAUUCUCGAUUUUGGCGGAACGGGAAUGGGAUUGAUUGAAUUAUCUCAUCGAUCAGGAACGUUUAAAAAAGUGAUUGAGAAAGCAGAAUCAGAUUUACGUUCUUUGUUGGACAUUCCAGAUGAUUAUUGUGUACUGUUUCAACAAGGUGGUGGAACGGAACAAUUCUCUGCAACUGCUCUUAACCUUUUAGCAUAUCAUGCAAUCGCCAAUCCCGAUUAUGUCUCAAAGCAUAAGGGCUCUACACCCCCAUGCGAUUAUGUCGUUACUGGAAGCUGGACUGCAAAAGCCAUCAAAGAAGCAAAGCGAUUAGGCAUCAAUGCAAGGCUAGCUGUCGAUGCUAGACAGCACAAUGAUGGCAAAUUUGGCGUGAUUCCACCUGUGUCCCAAUGGACUUUGAGUGAUGCAAAGGCUGAUAAAUCGGCAAUGCUGUAUUAUUGUGAUAAUGAAACAGUGGACGGAGUGGAAUUCCCUUCGCCAGGAUUCCCUAUCCAAGACCUCCCGGAAGAAUAUCGUAAGAAUGUUCCAAUCGUUGCCGAUUGCUCUAGUAAUAUCUUAAGUAGACCGAUUGAUGUUCGUGCACAUUCAAUCAUCUUCUUUGGCGCACAAAAAAAUGUUGGACCAUCAGGUGUAACUAUUGUGAUUGCAAGACGCUCUCUGUUCGACGUGGAUCCCGAUCAAGGUGUUCCCAACGGUGGACCAAGAAUACCAUGCACUUUGGCAUACAAGAAUGCAAUCGAUAACGGAAGCCUAUACAAUACGCCGCCAAUGUUCAGCAUCUAUACAUCUGGCUUGGUGUUUGCUGACUUGCUCAACAAUAAAGGAGGUGUGAAUGGCGCCACCCAACGUGCAAAAGCAAAGAGUGAGGCUGUUUACAAGGUGAUUGAUGAAAGUGAUGGAAUCUUUAAACCUACCGUUAAGCAAGCGUCUGCUCGUAGUCGAAUGAAUGUUACUUUCAGAAUCUGUCAAGCAGGACAAGAUCAACCUGAUUCUAGUCUAGAAGAUGAAUUCGUCAAAAGAUGCUCUGCCAAAGGUAUCGAACAGGUGAAAGGACAUCGAAGCGUUGGUGGAAUUCGAACGAGUUUAUACAAUGCCGUUUCGGUUGAACAAACCCAAUUGCUCGUAAGUGUGAUGCAAGAGUUUGCGCAACAAAUACGUCAAGAAAAGAAGAAUUGAAUGG